AGCUGGUUUACCAACCGCCUAAAAGAAGAAGAAGAAGAGGUUUUCCCGCAGUUCAAACAGACCCGGGAACUUCGGAACCUCGAACCCGUCCGUUAUGGGUCAGGAGUUUCACGUCGUCAGGUGUUUUUCCUGUCAGAGCUUCCAGGUUCAACAGGUAAGAGUUUAUUACAGGCUAACAGACGAGCUAAAGGCUAACACAGAGCUGUAGUUAGCAGGUUAGCUUCAGGUGAAACAAAGAAGAGUUUAUUUUAUCACUUUUUAACAGAAUAAAGAAGGUUUCACUGAUCUGGAUCUGAGCUUUAAAGAGUCUAGAUACUCAGAUACUUUAAUACAGAUAUGUUCAGUCCAGGUGAAGUAGAUUUUAGGACUCUAGGAGCUCCUAAUUAAACCUGUUUAGAUUAACCUGGUCUCUGUUAAUCUCAGGAUUAACCUGGAUUAUAAUCUGUGUGUGUGUGUGUUUUACAGGUGAAGAAGGUGAACAAAUGGACCUGUAAACUGUGUGGAGAGAAACAGACUCUGCAGAAGGUCAGAAGGAGAUAAAAGUGAUAAAAGGACAGAGAUCACACAACUCUCAUGCUGAGCGAAAAGGAAUAAAAAUGAGUUUUAAGACGUGAUUUAAAAGUAGAAAGAGUCGGGAUGUUUUAAUCUCGAUUCAUCAGCUGAGAAAGUUCGGUCACCACAGGUUUUUUAACGAGUUUUGGGGAUGAGGAGUUGAAGCUGAUGAGCAGAUCUCAAGGAAAAUAUCACAAGGUCAUAGAUGUAGUGUGGUGCUGAUCCGUUUAAAGAUUUAAAAACAAAAACAAAAAAAGAUUUUAAAAUGAAUUCUAAAAUGAACGGGAAGCCGAUGGAGGGACGGCAGAAUAGGAGUGAUGUGGUCAUGUUAUCGUUUCCCUUAUUCAGCACAUGGUUGGUUCAGCGCCGUCCCAGAGCAACUCCCCUUUUUAUAGUCUACCAAUAAUGGCAGAAUGACGACUAUUAAAAAGCAUAUUGACCAUGUUUACUAUCUAUAUUAAGAAAUUAAUUUUCGAUAUCGUUACCAUUUUAUCGUCCAGCCCUAGUUUCAAGUCCUAUUUAAAUUUCUCUAACUAUGACAGCUUUGAAUCUGAAAACUUACUAAAUACACGUCUAGUCACAUGAUUGGAGGUGGAGUUACAGCAGUCAUGGUUACAACACUGAGGGUAACAAUCAGUCUUCAGUCAUGUAACCUCAGUUCAUAACAGAUGAUAUUUAUAGAUGCUCUUCGGUCUGGGUCUUCAGUAACACCCAGAAGCAGAACCGGGUAUUAAACAGUCAUCUACUGAGACUAUAAUGUUUACUGAGCUCCCAUUGGUCAGAAAGUUUACUGAGCUCUGAUUGGUUGGCAGGAGUUUGGACGAGGUUCUGGGGCGGACUGCAGACGUCAUGUUCAGAAACUGAACGCCAUGAGAGGAGCCAUGAUAGAGGAGCAGGAGCACAAAACCUGGUCACUAUGGUAACCAACCUGAUCUACAACUCACCCUGCAACUAUGUACCAGGUAUGUUCACCUGUCAAUCAUCCUGUCAGCUGAUGUUCUCACGGCUGUUUACAGGGAGCAGGCGGAGGAAGAGGAGGAGGAGGAGGAGAGGGAGUCUGAGGAGGAGCAACAGGUGACCACACACACAUACACACACACACUGACAUUUGGUAGGUGAGCAGGUUUGGUUUGGUAAUCUCAUAAACAUGAUGAAGCUCCUCCCACUCUGAGUGAUCUACACUGACACGCCCUCUCUACCUCCGACUGUCGUUCAUUUUUAUUGAUAGUCUUAUUUUCCUCUACAGGUGACUCAGCCGCAGGUGAGCCGCUGGAGCAAAUACCUGGACACACCUAAGGAGGCGGAGCCUGACGAUGAGGAUGAGGAGAAUGUUUUGAUGGAGAGGAAGCAUUACUAUGGCAACCAUAUGACUGACAGGUAUGAACAGAGAUGACAGCAGAGUGUUUUAUCAAGCGAUCCUGUCGUACAGGUGAGACAAACAGGUGAGGCUCAGACUCGGGUAAACGUUUGAAACCAACAGAAGUGUGUGUUUGACACUAAACUGUAAAACCUCGUCAGACACACAAUCAGUCACAAACGUACAACAGCCAGAUGACCCAAACUAUAGAGAACGAUGUAUUGAUCGAUUAGACAGUCACCUUCCCUUUACUGAAUCAUAACAUCGAGGUUUAAAUGUUUCCUUUAGUUUACGGUGUUUUCAGGACGAGUUUCUUCCAACUACGUCAAAAUGUUUCUAAGCCGUCACGACCUUGAGAUAACCAUCCACGCUCUAAUCAGUUCAAGAUUAGAAUACUGUAAUUCACUUUAUGUCGGCAUCUCCCAAUCAUCUCUUCGUUUCCUUCAACUUGUCUUUAACCAACACUAACAGACGUGAGCUCAUCACUCGUGUCCUCAGCUCCCUUCAUCACUCUUCCCGUCUCUUUUAGGAUUGAUUUUAAACUUUUAAUGUUUGUUUUUAAAGCUCUUAACGGCCUCGCCUCCAUCUAUAUAACUGAGCUAUUAGGUAGAGCUCUGAGGUCGUCAAACCAACUUCUUUUGGAGGUGUCCAGGUCAAAACACAAACACUGGGGUAACUGAGAUGUUUCAGUCGCUGGUCCCAGACUCUGGAAUAAACUCCCCACUGAAAUGAGACUUAUUUCAGACCUGGACCUUUUUAAAUCUUGAUUGAAAACUAAUUAUUUAUGCUGGAUUUUAAUACCCAGUAGCGUGGUGACAUUUUUUUUAUUGUAUUUUAUCCUUUUUUUAAAUUGCUAUUUAUUGUUUUUAUUUAUUCAUUUUUAAUUUUCUUUGUAUUGUAAAGCACUUAAGUUCACUGAAAGAAAUGUUGUAAAGGGCUGUAUGAAUAAAGAACAUUUACAUUUGUUUUUCAGGAAGAGGAAAAGAGAUGAAGGGAGAGACAGCUACACACCUGAACAGGUAACAGGAUGACAUCACUCUUUUCAUUCAGUACACUCCUGUUCACUUCACUCCUGCUCUCUGUUUAGUGCUAGGCUAGGCUAACAGCUCAGACAGGAGGUCAGGUGAUCAAUAAACAGCUGUCACUUUAAAUUUCUGUUGACGUACAAAGAAACCUGCAGUAAAUAGCUCCGCCCCCUUUUUAAACAGCCAGUUUAACCUCUAAACCUCGACUCUUCCAGCACCGACCGGGUUUGAUGAAACCUCCACAGCCAACCAGAACCACCAGUCUGAACCAAACCAGAACCACCAGUCUAAACCAGACUAGAACCACCAGUCUGAACCAAACCAGAACCACCAGUCUGAACCAAACCAGUCUGAACCAAUCCAGUCUGAACCAAACCAGAACCACCAGUCUGGACCAGACUAGAACCACCAGUCUGAACCAAACCAGAACCACCAGUCUGAACCAAACCAGUCUGAACCAAUCCAGUCUGAACCAAACCAGAACCACCAGUCUGAACCAAACCAGAACCACCAGUCAGAACCAAACCAGAAUCACCAGUCUGAACCAAACUAGAACCACCAGUCUGAACCAAUCCAGAACCACCAGUCUGAACCAAACUAGAACCACCAGUCUGAACCAAACCAGAACCACCAGUCUGAACCAAACCAGAACCACCAGUCUGAACCAAACUAGAACCACCAGUCUGAACCAAUCCAGAACAAGAGGUCUGGACAAAACCGGUCCCAACAGGUCCAGUUCUUUCACUAACCCUGUUCUGAAGCCCCCUGGUGUGAGUUCUGGUCCAGUCUCCAGGUGGGCUUGUUUCCUCAGUUCUGGCUCUCAGGUGGAGGAGGGGGAGGAGCCUUUGAUUGAUGGGCGGAGUCAACAGGUGAGGGAUUCUUCCACUUUUACAUGUAAUGAUGUAAUCACUCAGACCCCGCCCCUGUCCAGACCCCGCCCCCUGCGUCCAUCCUCCAUGUUUGAGAGCGGGGAGGAGUUUAACUUUGAUGACUUAUAGACCUGAACUAUUGAUCGAUCAGGUGAUCAGCGCAGGUGUGGAUUUAUUGAUCUGUAGCUGUGAAAGUUUUACAGUGUUUGUUGUUUUUAUAUAAACUGUUUGUUUUUUCAUCCUAAAUGUUUAUUUUAAUGAAAAUAAACCUGGACUAAGUUAUUGA